AUGGCGAAUGCAGGCGAGAAUACGAUGACGGAAGGAUCGGGUAUAAGAUUAGCGGAGCGCAGGGGGAGUGGCAGUACGGCGGGUGGCGCGGAGAGUAGCAGAGGCGCUGCUAACGGGCUUAUCGAUGGCCAUGCGAAGGCUUCGAGCCAAGUCCAAGGCGACGACGUUACCGUCCCGCGAACAGUUGUUGGCGACAGCAGCGGUAACGGUAAGGGUAACGGUAACGGUAACAGCAAUGCCAGCGUUGAUACCGCAAGCACCAGCACCGGCGAUAGUGGUAUCAAGGGCAAGCCGCGGGAUCACGGCGGAAGGCAAUCGGGCGCAGGCCCCGCCUUCCGCCCAAACCAGCAAAUCCCCAUGCCCACGCUCAACCGCGCCCGCUUCGGCCUCCCCGCCAUCUGCCUCGAUCUCGCCGUUCUCCCCAGCGGCUCCGCCGGCAGCCCUAGCAGCGGCAGCAAGGCGGCGCAUGCGCGCGCGGGCGCGGACGGGCGGUUUGCGCGGAGCGCGAGCAGCGGAAUCAGCGCGGAGGAGGAGACGGGGGAGAUCGUGGGGACGGAGGAGGAGCCGAUGGACGUGCGCGCGCGCAAGCAGAAAUUUCUCUUCUUCGAGAAGGAGUGCUCGCAGAUCAUGGCGCACGUGUUCGUGGGUAGCGACGCCGUGGCGCGCGACAGGGAGAUCCUGCGCAAGUCGGGCAUCACGCACGUGCUCAACUGCGUGGGGUUCGUGUGCCCCGAGUACUUCCCCGGCGACAUCACCUACAAGACGCUCUGGCUACAGGACAACACGUCGGAGGACAUAGCGUGCGUGCUGUACGACGUGUUCGACUUCAUCGAGGUGGUGCGCCAGGAGGCGGGCCGCGUCUUCGUGCACUGCUGCCAGGGCGUCUCGCGCUCCACCUCGCUCGUCAUCGCCUACCUCAUGUGGACCGAGAAGCCGAGGGGCUUCGAGGACGCGUUCCGGUUCGUGAAGGCGAUCCGCGGCGUGGCGAGUCCCAACAUGGGCUUCGCGUGCCAGCUGCUGCAGUGGCAGGAGCGCGUGCUCCCGCCCUCCGCGCUCCCCCCCGCGCACCAGCCACUGCUAGACGGCGACGACGCGCACAGCAGCGGGCAGGACGGGGAGGACGGGGAGGACAGUCAGGCAGCGAGGGAAGAGCAGGAGAGGGAGAGGGAAAGGCAGAGGGAGAGGGAGCGGGAGCGGGAGAGCGUGGUGCGCGUGUACCGCAUGGCACCGCACUCGCCGUACGAUGCGGUGCAUCUGGUGCCCAAGGCCGUGCUGGAAGUGGGGCCGCGCUGCCUCGACCCGCGAGGAGCCUUUGUCAUCCAGGUGGGGCGCACAGUGUACACGUGGAAAGGCACUCAGUGCCACGCGCUCAUGGCGGAGCAGGCGGAGCGGGCAGCGCGCCAGCUCGUCACAUACGAGGGCCUCUCCCCCUACUCCCCCUCCCCCGUGCUGCAAGGCGCGGAGCCCGCGCCCCUGCUCUCCGCGCUCCACUCCCACGCCUCCCGCGCGGGCAGGCGGGCGGAGCAGCAGAGCGAGUACGACUACGACUACGAGUGCUUCCUCCGGGCGCUAGACGGCGGUACACCCAAGCCCAUUGCAGGCCUCGCCUCCCCCAACGCCAAGGUGCUCCCGCACCACGGCAGAGGGUGGCUGGGGGCCACGCUCGAUGACUGCUGGGGCGCACUCGCUGCUGGGGGAGGGGGAGGGGUUGGGGAGGGUGAGAGUGGGGGCGGCGGGGAUGGCAGUGAGGGUUCCGCCGUUCGUCUGCACAGCCGGUCGUUUUCCGUUGGGCACGCCACUCUUCCUUCGCUGUUCCCUGUUCCGCCUUCCUCCGCCUCAACCUCUGCCGCAUCCGCCUCAUCUAAGCCUGCUAAGCCAGGUGCGUUGUCCCUGGGCGCAGCAGACUCAGCGGGGGGAGGAGGCAGUGCCACCAACAAGCCCCUGUUCGCGCCUGUGCUGCGCAAGCCUCUGCCGUCGCUACCGUCGCCGUCGUCCUUCUCCCCGCGCUCCCUGGGCUUCUUCCCGCCCUCGGGCGUGGGCGCGUACGGCGCAGCGCUGCAGAAGCUGCAGAUGUCCACAGGAGGGGGGCUCGCAGGCUUGCAAGGCACGAGCGGUGGGGACGGGGAGGCGGGCGGACAGGUGGGCGCGGAAGAGAGAGGCGUGGGGGAAGCGGAGCUGCACGGAUCUGCGCUGGGCGGAUCCCCGCUGAAUGACAUGGGUAUGGUCGCAGUGCCGGGGGCGGGGGCGGGGGCGGGGGCGGGGGCGGGGGUGGGGGUGGAGGAAGAGGAGGAGAGUUCAGGGAGCGGGGAAGGUGGUGUUGGGAGGGUGUCAAGGGGGGGAGGGGACGCGGGCAGCUGGAUGCUGUCUCCACGUGGGCCUAGGAACACACCCAGCAAGCCAUGGGAGGCGGAGGAAGCAGGGCAGGGAGCAGCAGUGCAGGAGGAGCGGAGAGAGAGGGAGGCACGGACACGAGGGGCCCGAGGAGAGGGGUCAGGGUCAGGGAGUAGGGAGCGAUCAGGUGCAGCUUCUGCUCGCCCGCUCCCUCCCAAGCCUUCGCUUCCCUCUGGCAUGGCCCCAGCAGGGAACGCAGGUCCUUCCGCUGCCUCCUCCUCCUCUGGCGCUUCCCGCGCCACCCUCCCCCCCAAAGGCCGCUCCGCGUCCCCUCUGCGCCCCCCCCGCCCCCAGCAAACCUCUGGCGCUGCUGCUGCUGUGCCCAGAGGAGGGGGUAGAGGGGUUGGUGUGGGUGGGAUGGCUGAUGGGUUCAUGGAUGGCGGAGGGGGAGGGGAGGAAGAGGAUGAAGAGGACGGGAGUGGAGAUGGGGGGGGACGGGAUAUGUAUGGAGCGCUGCUGACUCCUAGAAGGAAACCUCCUGUGUCGGCCUUUGGAAGGGAGAGGGGGGCGCGGAAGGGGAGAGAUGGCGGGGAGGGAAGUGGGAGGAGAGGGCGAGGGGGCUCGGAUGAGGAUAAGUGGGGAGGUGAUGGGGGGGAGAAGGGGGUUGGGGGCGGGAGUUUUGGUGGGGAGGAUGGUGGGUUUGGUGUGCCUGGGAUGGAAGAUGAAGGGGAGAGUGGGGGGAUGGGGAGUGAUGAUGAGAGUGGAGGUGGAAUGGCUUUCAGUCUGCCCACACCUAGGAGGGGUGGGCCACAGAUAAAGAAGAUUUUCUAA